UCCUGCGCAGCUGCGGGUGUAGACUCGGGAGUGAUUCCGCGGCGGCCCCUGGACCAGGGCGCUAGGGACGGGUCGUCUCCUGGAUAGCGGGGCUCGGGGGGCGACGACCCGGAGUGCGUGCGUGUGGGGUCUCUCUGGGAGUCCCCCCGGAGCGUGCACCCCGCGGAGACCGGACCCGGGUGGCCUGCCAUGACCUCGUUACUGAGCGGGUUCUGACACUUUCCAGAAGCCUGGGGUGUUGUAUCCUUAACGUGCCACGAUGGGCAACCAGCUGGCCGGCAUCGCGCCCUCCCAGAUCCUGUCCGUGGAGAGCUACUUCUCAGACAUCCACGACUUCGAGUAUGACAGGAGCCUGGGAAGCACUCGCUUCUUUAAAGUGGCUCGAGCGAAGCACCGAGAAGGCCUGGUGGUGGUGAAGGUCUUUGCCAUUCAGGAUCCCACACUGCCUUUAACCAGCUAUAAACAAGAGCUGGAGGAGCUGAAGAUCAGGCUGCACUCUGCGCAGAACUGCCUGCCUUUCCAGAAGGCGGUGGAAAAGGCCUCGGAGAAGGCAGCAAUGCUCUUCCGGCAGUACGUGCGCGACAACCUGUACGACCGCAUCAGCACCCGGCCCUUCCUCAACAACAUCGAGAAGCGCUGGAUCGCCUUCCAGAUCCUCACCGCCGUGGACCAGGCGCACAAGUCCGGGGUCCGGCACGGGGACAUCAAGACGGAGAACGUGAUGGUCACCAGUUGGAACUGGGUGCUGCUCACCGACUUUGCCAGUUUUAAGCCCACCUACCUUCCCGAGGACAACCCAGCAGAUUUCAACUAUUUCUUUGACACGUCCCGGAGAAGAACUUGCUACAUUGCUCCUGAGCGAUUUGUGGAUGGGGGGAUGUUUGCCGCUGAGUUAGAGUGCAUCAGAGACCCCUCGACCCCGCUCGUGGACUUGAGUAGCAACCAGAGGACGAGGGGGGAGUUGAAAAGGCCGAUGGACAUCUUCUCAGCAGGCUGUGUGAUCGCUGAGCUUUUCACAGAAGGAGUGCCAUUGUUUGACCUCUCCCAACUUUUGGCUUAUAGAAAUGGACAUUUUUUCCCCGAGCAAGUGCUAAAUAAAAUUGAAGACCAGAGUAUCAGAGAAUUGGUAACUCAGAUGAUCCACCGGGAGCCAGAAAAACGGUUAGAAGCAGAAGAUUACUUAAAGCAGCAACGUGGCAAUGCUUUUCCGGAAAUAUUUUACACUUUCCUUCAGCCCUACAUGGCCCAGUUUGCCAAGGAGACAUUCCUGUCCGCAGACGAGCGCAUUCUGGUCAUCCGGAAGGACCUGGGGAACAUCGUCCACAAUCUUUGCGGCCAGGAGCCGGCAGAGAAAGCCGACGGAGAGCCCCGGGAGAGCGGCCUGGUCAUCCUGGUGUCGGUGAUCACGUCCUGCCUGCAGACGCUCCGGUACUGCGAUUCCAAGCUCGCCGCCUUGGAGCUCAUUCUGCAUCUGGCCCCGAGAUUAAGUGUAGAGAUCCUUUUGGACCGCAUCACUCCUUACCUUUUACACUUCAGUAAUGACUCUGUGCCCAGGGUGAGGGCGGAAGCCCUGAGGACCCUGACCAAAGUCCUUGCCCUUGUCAGAGAGGUUCCUCGCAAUGACGUCAAUAUCUACCCGGAGUACAUCCUGCCAGGCAUCGCGCACUUAGCCCAGGACGAUGCCACUAUUGUCCGACUGGCCUAUGCCGAAAACAUAGCUCUGCUGGCAGAAACAGCACUCAGGUUCCUGGAGUUAGUACAGCUAAAAAACCUCACUAUGGAAAAUGACCCCAAUAAUGAAGAAACAGAUGAAGUUACACAUCCGCAUGGAAAUUAUGACACAGAGCUCCAAGCCUUGCAUGAGAUGGUCCAGCAGAAAGUUGUCACUCUGCUAAGUGACCCUGAGAACAUUGUGAAGCAGACCUUGAUGGAAAAUGGGAUAACACGGCUGUGUGUAUUCUUCGGACGGCAGAAAGCAAAUGACGUGUUACUGUCUCACAUGAUCACUUUUCUAAAUGAUAAGAAUGAUUGGCAUCUACGAGGAGCUUUUUUUGACAGUAUAGUUGGGGUCGCUGCCUACGUGGGCUGGCAGAGCUCGUCCAUCCUGAAGCCCCUGCUGCAGCAAGGCCUCAGUGACGCCGAGGAGUUUGUCAUUGUGAAAGCUCUGCACGCCCUCACCUGGAUGUGCCAGCUGGGGCUCCUGCAAAAACCUCAUGUCUACGAAUUUGCCAGUGAUAUUGCCCCGUUCCUGUGCCAUCCCAAUCUCUGGAUACGCUAUGGCGCUGUGGGGUUCAUCACGGUGGUGGCCCAUCAGAUAAGUACAGCCGAUGUCUACUGCAAACUGAUGCCUUAUCUUAACCCGUACAUCACCCAGCCAAUCAUACAGAUUGAAAGAAAACUAGUUCUGCUCAGUGUUUUGAAAGAGCCAGUGAGCCGUUCCAUAUUUGAUUACGCCUUGAGGUCUAAAGAUAUUACCAGCUUGUUCAGACACCUGCACAUGCGUCAGAAGAAGCGGAGCGGGGCUCUGCCUGACUGCCCCCCGCCGGAGGACCCUGCCAUCGCACAGCUUCUAAAGAAACUGCUGUCACAGGGAAUGACAGAAGAAGAGGAAGACAAACUUCUGGCCCUGAAAGACUUCAUGAUGAAAUCUAACAAGGCCAAGGCCAACCUGGUGGACCAGAGCCAUCUUCAUGAUAGUAGUCAGAAAGGUGUGAUCGACUUGGCAGCCCUCGGCAUAACUGGGAGACAAGUUGAUCUUGUGAAAACCAAACAAGAGCCAGAUGACAAGCGGGCUAGAAAACAUGUAAAACAAGAUUCCAAUAUAAACGAAGAAUGGAAAAGCAUGUUUGGGUCACUGGAACCCCCAAACAUCUCGCAGGCCCUACCCAAAGCGAGUGACCAGGAAGUGAUUCAGCCUGGGAAGCCUCCACGUUCCGAGUCCUCUGCUGGCCUUGGUGGCCCACUGUCCACGUCCCCACAGAUUGCAGAAGGGAUUAAUGUUCAGAAUAAAAAACCAGGCAUACAGGUGUUAAGUAGUACAAUUGUACCGUCUGCUUAUCAGAUCCGGAUGACAAGCUGUAAAAGCGAGCUGCAGCAGCUCGUUCAGCAGAAGCGGGAGCAGUGUGCUGCCGAGAGGAUAGCCAAGCAGAUGAUGGAGAACGCCGAGUGGGAGAGCAAGCCCCCGCCGCCGGGGUGGCGUCCUAAAGGCCUUCUGGUAGCACAUCUUCAUGAACACAAGUCAGCCGUGAAUCGAAUUAGAGUAUCUGAUGAACACUCACUCUUUGCCACGUGCUCAAAUGAUGGCACCGUGAAGAUCUGGAACAGUCAGAAGAUGGAAGGGAAGACCACUACUACAAGGUCUAUCCUCACGUACAGCCGGAGUGGAGGACGGGUGAGGACGCUGACAUUCUGCCAGGGCUCCCACUACCUGGCCGUGGCGUCGGACAGCGGCGCUGUCCAGCUGCUGGGCAUUGAGGCCUCGAAGUUGCCCAAGUCUCCCAAGAUCCACCCGCUGCAAAGCAGAACGCUGGAUCCCAAGAAAGAUGGCUGUGUCGUGGACAUGCAUCACUUCAACGCGGGCGCCCAGUCGGUGCUCGCCUACGCCACAGUGAAUGGCUCCCUGGUCGGCUGGGACCUCAGGUCUUCAAGCAACGCGUGGACGUUAAAGCACGACUUAAAGUCAGGCCUCAUCACGUCCUUUGCUGUGGAUAUCCACCAGUGCUGGCUCUGCAUUGGUACAAGCAGUGGGACCAUGGCUUGUUGGGACAUGAGGUUCCAGUUGCCCAUUUCCAGUCACUGCCAUCCUUCCCGGGCUCGGAUCAGGCGCCUCUCGAUGCACCCUCUGUACCAGUCCUGGGUAAUUGCAGCCGUUCAGGGCAACAAUGAAGUGUCCAUGUGGGACAUGGAGACCGGAGACAGACGAUUCACACUCUGGGCCAGCAGCGCGCCGCCGCUCUCGGAGCUGCAGCCUUCUCCUCACAGUGUCCACGGGAUCUACUGUAGUCCUGCAGAUGGAAAUCCAAUCCUGCUAACAGCUGGCUCAGACAUGAAAAUAAGGUUUUGGGACUUGGCUUACCCAGAAAGGUCCUAUGUCGUGGCUGGAGGCACCAGCUCCCCGUCCGUGUGCUACUACAGGAAGGUCAUUGAAGGCACUGAGGUUGUGCAGGAAAUCCAGAGUAAUCAGAAGGUGGGGCCGAGUGAUGACACCCCUCGAAGGGGCCCCGAGUCUCUGCCCGUGGGACACCAUGACAUCAUCACGGACAUCGCCACGUUCCAGAGCACACAGGGCUUCAUUGUGACCGCUUCCAGAGAUGGGAUUGUGAAGGUGUGGAAAUAGGAGCCUGAUGGUCUGUAUAAACUGUAAUAAAGUUGUGAAUAGGC